GAGCCCAGGAGCCCAGGAGCCCAGGAGCCCAGGAACCCAGGAACCCAGGAACCCAGGAACCCAGGAGCCCAGGAGCCCAGGAGCCUAGGAGCCCAGGAGCCCUGAAGCCCAGGGGCCCAGGAGGUCAGAAGACCAGGGGCUCAUGAACCCAGGAGAACAGGGGCCCAGGAGCAGCCAAGGAAUCCAGGAUCCCAAGUCCAGGAACCCAGGAGUCCAGGAGUCCAGGAGCCCAGGAGCACAGGACCCCAGGAGCCCAGCGGCCAAGCGGCCCAGGGGCCCAGGAGGCUAGGAGGCCAGAACCCAGGACCCAGGAGCCCAGGAGCCCAGGAGCCCAGGAGCCCAGGAGCUCAGGAGCCCAGAAGUCUAAGAACCCCAGGGCUCAGGAGUUCAGGAGCCCAGGAGCCCAGAAGUCUGGAACCCAAGAGCCCACGGGCUCAGGAGCCCAGGAGCCCAGGAGCCCAGGAGCCCAGGAGCCCAGGAGCCCUCUCUUUAGUCUAUUGGUCGUUUACAAGUAUGUUACUUCAUGUCAGCAUAGGUUUGUUUCUUGUUAGCGACCUCUGCUUUCAUUCCAUGUGGCUAGAGAAGAAACUUCCUAUGAGUUCAAGUUUUAAAGGCUGUGGAGCUUCUGGAUGCCUGCAGCCCAGGUUCAUGCCAUGUGGCAGAGAUGAUACUGUGUGUGACUUUGGGCUUUCACAAUAUCCUGAGCCUGGCCUCACGUAUGGGUCGGUCUUAGAGAACGUUUCAAGUAAAAUGGAGAAAAAUCUGUAUUUUCCUGCUCCGCAACGGUGCACAGUAGAUAACUCUGAGGUCUAACUGCUUUCGAGUUUUAUUCCAGUUCUCUCUUAUUGCUCUUCUUGCUGGUUAAAAUAUUCAUGACUGAAUGUUCAGGAUAGAAUUCUCCUCCUUUAAUUGUUCAAUUAUGUGUUCUUCAAGUAAUUGGAAGCUCGAUGGUUGGAUGCAGAUUUGCUUAUGAUUAUUCUAACUCUUGGUGAGUUCACCCUCCCCUCGCACCCUGUGUCUGUGGUGCUUGGGCUGCUAGGUAAGUGCUGUAUGUUCUUACUAUAACUUAGCAUCCUGCUGCCUUCGCCCCCUCUGGCUGGGAUUACAGGUGUGUACCGCCACGCCUGGCAGAUGGCCCCCUUUUUAAAUAUGAUAUCCUGUUUUGUCUCUUGGAACAGUUUUUGACUUAAAAUGACUAUAACCUUGCCAUCAUUCUCUGGUUACUAGUUGUGGGGAGGAUCUGUUCUCUCCUUUCAAUCUAUUCGGAUUUUAGGCUCUAAACUGCACAACUCAGUGACAGUGUAGAGUUGGAUCACGUUUUAUUACCAUUCUCCAAUCUCUGCCUUUGACUUCAAAGUGUUCUUCCAUUGGUAUUUAU